AUGGCAAAAUGUCACAAGUUUGAGCCUGAACUUGUUUGGCGGAAAAGAUUUCAUUGAAGAUCUCAGGCUGUCUCUGCAAUAGACAUUGGUCGCUAUAAGGUAUCGGAGCUCCCUGUCUGUGACAAGCUCUCGUCGCCAGUUACCGUGGGGUUUCUUGACGCACGCAAGAUGGCCUCAUCGCAACCGAAGAAGCCUUUUGUGACUAAAUAUCAUGGCAAAACUCAGCUAACAUCGACUGAGUUUAUGGAAGUUUUUAGGAAAUUCGACAAAGAUGGUAACGGCUACAUUGAAGCAAGAGAAUUGGAUCCCUUUCUGCAAGAACUUUUCGAAGCGCGAUAUCAUGGUUUGGCCAAAGACAAGGUGAAAGAGAUGAGAGAGCUUAUUUUAGAGAGAUACGACAAAAAUUACGAUGGCCGUUUAGAAAUUGACGAGUUGGCACAGAUCUUACCAACGGAACAGAAUUUUCUUCUCCAGUUUCACAGAGAAUCCAAACUAACCAGUGUAGAAUUUAUGAAGAUUUGGAAUCAUUAUGAUGUUUAUCGUGAGGGAUACUUGGAGAAAAAGCAUCUACGGGGUUUCUUCAAAGAUCUAAUGACUGUAAACAAUCCACACGUUAGUCCACAAAGAAUUGAGGAGUUCGUUAAUGGAGCGCUUGAUUCAUUUGACAAGAACCAAGAUGGAGAGAUAGAGUUAUCAGAAAUGGCCAAACUUCUUCCCGUGGAAGAGAAUUUUCUUUCAAAAUUUCAGGUCAGAGAAAACCUCUCUAGAGCGGAAUUUGAGAAAAUCUGGUACCACUACGAUCAGGAUCACAAUGGUAGCAUUGGCGGAGCUGAGCUUGAUGCUCUCAUAAGGGAUUUGUACAUCAAGAAUAACAAGGAGCCACCAGACAUGAAAACCAUCAGUGACCAGCGUGACAUGAUUAUGAGGUUCGCAGACCGUGACGGUGAUGACUCGAUACAGAAGGAAGAACUGGGCUUGUUUUUCUCUGUGGCGCAGUCAAGACGAGUUCAAGAAAUCAAGGUUGAUGUGGAGGAAAGAGAAGCAGAAAGAAAAGCCGAAAAAGAUGCUGAAAAGCAAGAACAAGCGAAAAAACCCGAUGACGGAGGCUCUACCGACGGUAGCACAGGAUGUUGCUGGCUUCUGUGAUUUAAGCGAGCAAUGAAAUACUCUUAAAUGUCCUUUACACAACUUGUUGGAGUCUCUCCGACAACAAGGCGCGUUGCCUUAGCAAUUACAACAUGUUGCCAUGGUUGCUGAAACGUGUCGGUAUAUUGAUAAAACAAAUUGACUGUGCUAAAUUAAAUUUUGAUUUGAAGCAAUGCUUAGAACUGACUACCGCAUUUGAAAGAGAAGAGUUUCCCAACUCAUGUGCUCAAUAAUUGUACGCAAAAAUCGCCAUAAUAACCACAGAUACCACUAUCCCCAUCUCUGUCCUCUGACAGUGACCUGACCUAGGAAAUUAAUGCAUCCAUAUAUUUCGUUUACAGACUGCAUUAGAGACACAAUAAAGUUAUGAAAAAUGUUUUAUA